AUGCCCUCGCCCGCUACCCAACCGCCGCCGGCCGACCGCGGCCAGACACUCGAUUCUCCAUCCCAGCAGGCUCAAGGAGCAUCGCCCCACGUGAAUGGUACCAAUGGAAAGAGCGCUGUGCAACAGCCCGAUGACCAUGACACAGUAGACAGACCAGAUGACGACCAGGCGAUACAAGAGGGUAAACAGAAAGCAAAGGCGGUCCUCGCCGCCUCGGGAGUGAACCUUGGCACUAGCACCCCGACAAACGCCGACAUGCAAACUGGAAUGGCCUCGUCAGCUGUCGCCGAAGGUGUUAAUGGCGCCUCCAAGGGUCGGAAGCGCUCGCGCUCAGGGUCACCGAAGCCCUCGCAGUCCCCUAUACAGGAGAUCUCACGGGAUGAACCUCCGCCUUCGAAGAACAGCCUCUUGCAGAGAUACAUAAACCGUGACCAGUUUGCCACUAUAGCAUUACUCGAACGCGACCAGCUCAGCGUCCAAAUCACCGAUCAGCUUAAUGAAGAUUGCAAGCUUUACAGAGAAUGGUAUGCCGCGCGGCGACACCAGGAUCCUGGCUCUGUCUUCGGGUAUGGCUAUAUGGGCUACGGAAACGGCGUUACGGAGAUGAAAGGAUCGCGGUUGCAAUACCCAAUGCAAGCCAGACGCCCAGGAAACCGAAAGUCAAGACCCUACCCUCGCGUGCCCAGGGACAAAUUCCUAGCUCAGGCAGAGCAGAUCGAAGAACUGGUCCCGCUGAGGCUGGAUAUUGAGUUGGACAAGAUCAAGUUACGUGACACCUUUACCUGGAAUCUCCAUGAUCGCAUUACCGACACGGCAGUCUUCGCUGAGAAUCUGGUGGAGGACUUCCGCCUCCCUAUAGAGCUUCGACCUUCCCUCAUCCAGCAUAUCCAUCGUGAGAUGAAUGAGCAAAUACAGGAUUACUAUCCGCACCCUUGCAUAGAUGAGGAACCCCUUGACCCACACCUUCCAUAUACCGCAUAUAAAAACGACGAGAUGCGCAUACUCAUAAAGCUUAACAUCACUAUUGGCCAGCACACACUGGUCGACCAGUUCGAGUGGGAACUCAACAAUCCCUUGAAUUCGCCUGAGGAGUUUGCCCGGCAAAUGGCAUGCGACCUUGCUUUGUCCGGAGAAUUUACCACUGCGAUUGCACACUCGAUUCGGGAGCAAUGUCAGAUGUUCACUAAAAGCCUCUACAUAACAGGUCAUCCAUUCGACGGAAGGCCUGUGGAGGAUUCAGACAUACGGGAGAACUUCCUCCCGUCACCAUUACCAUCCGCAUUCCGGCCAAUGCUCUCAGCCAAGGACUAUCAGCCAUACCUGUAUGAGUUGAACGAGGCCGAAUUGGAAAGAGCCGAACUCUCGAUUAUGCGUGAACAACGGCGGCAGAAACGUUCUGUCAAUCGUCGUGGAGGUCCGGCGCUGCCAGAUCUGAAGGAUCGUCAACGAACAGUCCGCACUUUGAUUGUAUCUUCUGUACUUCCUGGGGCGGCCGAAACCAUUGAAGAAAGCCACAUUUUCAAGAUUACGCGAUCCAAGAAAGCAGGUGCUCGUCCGGGCCGCAUCAAUGAUGAUGAUUCGGAUGAGUCUGAAAGCGAGGAUUCCGCUCCAGAGUCACCCGCUCCUUCGCAGAUCACAGGCGGUACUGCGCGAACAAGAGGGUUGCGCCAGUCGGCCAGCGUGGCGAACGCUGCCAUGCGGUCCGCAUUGGGAAGAUCUGCUACCCCGGAGGUCUCGUCCCUCCAUGAAGUUAGGUCAUCGUCUCGAUCUCUUAGGCACGAAUUCCGUGAGGAGAGCGCGUCUGAGCCAUCCUCCCUGAUUGUGAAGCUCCGCAUCAAUCCCAGGAGGUUUCGAGAAUUCUGGCAAAAUCCGAAGGCAUUUGCAAGACCGAAAGCGCCAACCCCUUCUUUAGCCGCCACACCCCAAAGAGGCACACCCGGUGCCAAUUCCAUGCCGCCACCGCCUUCUCCGGCAAUGGCAUCGCAAUCCAAGUCUUCUGGUAACGCGGCUUCCGUGGAGGCGUCUCCGAAGCCACCGUCGACACCCAGUCCCGCUCCUCAAUCCCAGCAGAAAUGGCAGUAUUACCCUGAUGGACGCACCGAUGCGCCGUUCCCUCAAGUUCCCGGAGCUGCAGCACCUCCACCGCCUCCAUGGCUGCAGGCAGCAUGCGAGGCUCUGCAUGCGAAAUAUCCCGAUGACCAAUUCGAGGCUACAAUGCGGUACUGUAUCAUCAACAAGGAAACCAACACGAAUGUCAAUAUCAGCGAACUUCCUCCAUCCAAGACAUUACCCCCGCACCUCAAAGCGCAAUAUUUACCUCGUCUCCGCUGCAAUGACUGUCCCGGGAAGGCGUAUACUGCUGGGCCCGGGCAAUCGGCCGACAAUUUCGAGGUGCAUUUGAAGAACAAGCAUCACAAGGCGAAUGUCGACCGUCGGCUUGGAAGAGGAAACUCAUCAUAA